AUGCUAUCGCCUUUCGCUCUUUUGGCCUUCUCGACCGUCCUCCUCACUUCUGGACAGAAGGCGCACGCGAAAGAUGCCCAAAGACCGCUGAAGAGUGCGCAGGAAAGGGCAAAGAUACUCGCAGCAUGUCCAGCAUACGAGCACUAUGCCAGGUUUCCACAUCCACCCUUCUCCGAAGGUCCCAUGGCGCUUCCCUUCCAGCGUCCUGCUCCCCUAUGUCGAACCUUCGAGUCGGAUCUAGUCGAAGACAUUAUUGAACACAUGAACCAACACAUGCUGGACAAGGAUCUGGCUAGGAUCUUUGAGAACGCCUUUCCCAACACACUGGACACCACAGUACGAUGGCACGUCGAUGGUACCGACAAGUCCACCCACAAGAGCAGCGAUGGCGCAUGGCAAGGUCCACAAUCUUUCAUCGUCACAGGAGACAUCAAUGCAGAGUGGCUUCGGGAUUCGACAAACCAACUGGCGCAAUAUCAGAGGCUUGCCAACAAGGACAAGUCUAUAGAGAUGCUGAUCCUCGGUGCAAUCAAUACCCAGGCCGAAUAUGUCAUCGAAUCGCCAUAUUGCAACGCCUUUCAACCACCGCCGCCCAGCCGUCUGGCUCCAUCCAACAAUGGCCAGGAGGACGUAGUACAUCCAGCAUACGAGCCUUCCAAGGUCUUUGAGUGCAAGUACGAGCUAGACUCGGUCGCCCAUUUCCUGUCUUUGUCCAAUCAAUUCUACAACCACACAGGCUCCACUGCUUUCUUGACCCCAAGAUGGUACACAGCUUUGGAUACUUUGCUCGCCUUGCUGGAUGAGCAGGCAAAACCCACCUUCAAUGCAGAGACUGGUGUCUUCCAACAUAAUGAAUACACUUUCAGACGCCGUACAGAUGCUGGUACAGAAACGCUCAGCUUGUCUGGUAAUGGAAAUCCUCUGAACAACGGGACUGGCCUCGUCAGAAGUGCCUUUAGACCAAGCGAUGACGCCACAAUUCUUGGCUUUUUCAUUCCUGCCAAUGCCAUGAUGGCGGUUGAGCUGAAACGAGCUUCAACCAUGUUGGUAAAGGCUGGUAAGCUCAAGCUUGCGGCAGAUCUCAAGAAACGUGGUCAAUUAAUGGAGGAAGGUGUAUGGGAGCACGGCGUAGUCUCGCACAAGAAGUACGGCUCCGUUUUUGCUUUCGAAGUUGAUGGUUAUGGUUCUUCGAUCAUAAUGGAUGAUGCAAACUUGCCCUCGCUACUCGCACUACCACUUCUUGGUUUCGUGUCAAGGGACGACAAGACGUAUCAAAACACGCGUCGGAUGAUACUUGAGAAGAAUGGCAAUCCAUACUAUCUUUCUGGCAAGGCAUUCAAGGGAAUUGGAGGUCCUCAUAUAGGACUGCAGAAUGCCUGGCCUAUGAGUUUGCUUGUACAAGCAAUGACUUCGGAUGACGAUGAGGAGAUUGAGGAUGCGCUCUCUACCGUCAAACGCGUCAGUCAUCUGGGUCUAGUACAUGAAAGUAUUCAUGUUGAACGCGGAAGAGAGUAUACUCACAUUGGUAAUGCCAGAGUUGCGGGCAUGUCCAAGAGCCUCGGGAUCAGCUCUGGACAAUUCGAUUGGCUCCUCACUGGGUUCUACAUAUCCUACAUCUGCUUCGAGUGGAUGACUUUAUUGUAA